CAGUCCGGAAGUAAACAAGCAGCAGCGUGAAGCGUGGCCGCGCAGGUCGAAGGUUGUCUCCCAGAGGAGGUUGGAUGUCUUCUUAUCUGUUUCUUCUGAAGACUCUAGAAGCCCCAGAAAGAAGAUGAAGAGGAACUAUGAGAACCUGGAAGAACAUCCAGCUGUCAGCAUGCGAGACGCACCUGAUGGCAGUAAGAAGAAGAAGAAGAAGAGCUGGGACUGUGAUGAUGGACUGCCUUGGAGGGAGUCAGCAAGUCAGACGGGAGCAGCCGGCUCUGAUGGCCUCAUCCCUCCUCAGAGCAUUAAAGAGGAGGACCAAGAGGUUAGCCUGCUGCAAAGCAAGAAGAAGAAGAAGAAGAAGAAAAAAAGGUGCUUAGAUAAAGAGGAGGCUGUUGACCUGAUAGAACAUCACAGGAAGAAGGAGAAAAAAGGUAAGAUGGAGGAAGUUCCUGCAGCUGCUGACCUCAGCAGUCCAAAGAAGAAGAAGAAAGAAAAAAUGGAAGAAGAAAGGUUGAGCCUUCCUCCCUCUGAUGGAUCAGCACAUCAAAAGAAGAGAAGAAGAAUGGAGGAGAUGACAUCACAGGAGGAAGAUGGUGACCAGGUGUGUGAAGUUAUGGUUUCCACUGACCCAAACAGAGAGGAAGCUGCAGAAGAAGCAAACGUCAGCAGCACAAGGUUGAAGAAGAAGAAGAAAAGAGCAACCAAAGAAAAACAGGAGAAGAAAGAGCAACAGGGUGGAUACAAGAAAAAAGGCGAAGAAGAAGAAGAGAUAAACUGGGAUCUGGUGAAGGAGCUGCAGGAGUUCUCCGCCUGUCUCUUCGCCUGUCUCUCUGUUCUCUGCCUGUCUCUCUGUUCUCUGCCUGUCUCUCUGUUCUCCGCCUGUCUCCCUGUUCUCCGCCUGUCUCUCUGUUCUCCGCCUGUCUCUCUGUUCUCCGCCUGUCUCCGACCAGCCAGUGGAAUCCCUCGCCCCUGCCACCAGGUUUACAUUCGGGCCUUGAAGCUGUUUGAUGAGAAGAACAACAUGGGAAUGUUCUCAGAGGAGGAGGUGAACAAUCUCAUUAGGUUCCAUAAUCUCCACGGGAACAACUGGAAGCUGAUUGCAGAGCUGAUGGACCGCAGCAUCCAUUCGCUGCAGAAACGCUUCGACACAAUCGGUGGCAGUCAUGGUGCCUGGAGUGCUGAUGAAGAGAAGCGGCUGAAGCGGGCCGUCCAGCAGUACCUGGAGACCCAGAGUAACACCGAUGGUUCCGGUGUGACCCGAGACCAGCUUUACAAACAACUUCCAUGGAGAGAAAUCAGCAAGAAGGUCCAGACUCGGUCCUGGGUUCAGUGUCGCCACAAAUGGCUCUUCAUUCUGGAGCACCGCAUGAACAUUUACAGAAACGCCUUCAACAGAGGAGCUGAAAGUUACUCGGCCAAAAUCCGCCUCAUUAACACGUUGUACCACAGUGCUGUGGAGGAUGCAGCUGACAUCAACUGGGAGGAGAUUGCUGAGACCGUAGGUACGAUGAGUCCAUGGGGCAUCCAGCGGAUCUUCACCAGGCUGAAAGUACGAAAAGUUCCACAUUUCCAAUCUUUGUCAUUUGGGGAGAUCAUGGACUUCCUGUACCACCACCUGGUUCCGGUUCUGCAGGAGAAGCUGAGCUCCUGCAGAAAAAAGGAGCAGCUACAGGAGCAGCAGCAGCAGGACCGAUACCAGCUGUCAGACAUCUUUAACUCUGACGUUGAAGACGAGGACAACAGCUGACCACUAUCAGAACACAGGCCCCGCCCCCAUUUGUGAAUAGGAGGGGCUUAAGCCUUGACAGGAAGUGGACAGAUUUUUUGUUUAUAAAUUCUCCAUGUAUUGAAAAGAUUCUGUUUUUUAAUUAAAUGUGUUUCCUGGU